AUGUAUUUCAAGGCCACUGUCCUCUUCUCCCUUGCGGCUUCGGCCCUCGCGCUGCCCGCCAGCCAGGGCAAGGCGCAGAAGCGCGCCGGUGUCUUGACCGCCUCGAACUAUGCAGACUUCCAGGUCUCGGAUGGUGUCGGCGGCAAUGCCCUCGCUGAGAUCGAUACAAGCGACCUCGCCAACGUCGACCCUAACGACCUGGCCAUCAUCAAGGCCGCCCGAGUCACAGCCGAGGACGCUGAAACCGACACGGGCGGCUUCGACGACGCCAUUGACGCGGCUUCCGGCGCCACGGCCGACGCCCUGAGCGUGGGAAAGACCAAGAACAAGGUUCUCAAGCUGCAGCUUGAGGUCCUGGGCCUGCAGAUCGACCAGGCUCAGUCGGGCACCGACAACACCGCCAAGAUCGCCGCGGAGCAGACUAAGCUGAACACCAACAUUGCUAACGAUAAGGCAAAUGCGGGACAGACGAGCCAGAGUGUGGACUUCCAGGGGACUUCGGAUCCUUGA